UUCUCAAUGGGCGACUGAACUGAGUUCAAGGCAUGUCUACGUCUACUGACGUCAGGGCGUAACUUGGCCACAGUUUCUACAAGUGCAGGCCACUUCAAACCGCGAGAUGUUCCCUUUCUAUUUCACUGCCGGAUUAAUAGAGGAGCUGCCUCUAUUGUCGAUGUAGCUUAGUAAAAAGGACGUAAUGAAGUUAGCAAGUCACGUUGCCACCUUAACUAUCGUCAUUAAUCAUUGUAUCCGCUCAUGUUACCCAAAUCCGUUGAAUUAACGAGUGCCACAGACACUUACGGCUUUAAGAGAGCGAUAGAAAGGCCUAACCAUUUUAUCUGGGCCCAUCGAUCGCGUCGAGCUACCGUUUAGAUAGAGACAAACAUACAGCGCAAGACGAGAGACUUGAUCUGCGCUUAUCUUACCAUCACCGUCAAGCUGGGGUUAUUUACCUUUCGCAUCUACAAUGUAUUUACUGCACAGAUGCCGUUUACCAGCCAGUAAAACCAACACUACAUUGGACGUUCUACCCCACACUACAACAUAGCGUACUGCAGCACUGUCGUCUUAGUCGCACCGAUAUAACCUUCUCGCCUACGAACUACAACGCACUCCUUUCUGUCUGCUCUGUCUGUAUGGAUAUAUAUAUAUACAUAUAUAUACAUACAUAUACAUAUAUGUACAUAUACAUAUAUAUGUUGUUUCUGAUGCCACUAGGCGCGCGAACCCACACGUAUCGUAGUAUCAUUGCUACUCAUCGUUUGAUCCCACCACCGCCCGUCCGCAGCCGAAAUACGUUUCAGUUUCAUUCUGUUCCUUUUGGAUUCUACUGGCUGUAGUUCAUAAAACAAAAUAACCGUCUAUCUUUGCGUGAUCCGCUGCAACAGAAGGUACCGCUGAACAUCUGCAGACUGACAGCGUCUAAAGCUUUUAAGAAGACUUGCUGGGAACGCUCUAUGCCUUGCGUGCCCCGUCUCCUCGUAGGGCAUCGCGCGGACGUUUGGGAAGCGAUUCCAUCACUUCCUGAAACAGAGCAACUUCGGUGUCAAACUUCAUUGGGGCCUUCGCAAAACUAUCAUUGAAGAUCUCCCCCAGGAAGACCUGCACAAUGGGCGGUGGAGCAAUGUGGUUUGUGGUGUGCAUACCAAAAGAAGACAACGAGAAAGGUGUUCAAAACCGAAACGAGAAAAAUCGUCCAACGAUCCAGUUUCCACCGAUUAGCAAUAAAACAAAUCACAAUAACAAUGUCACGGUCGUUCAUAAACAGAUUCUUCGUGACACCUUGGCUCAGUUAGAGAUUCAAGAUGCUGUCUGGUGCGCAUCACCAAACGACAACUAUUACCAGGUGUAUUUCGGUGUAGAGUCGUCUGACGACACCGACAUGGUUCUCCGUCUGUUAACUGCGAGAGGCAUUGGCAUAGAUGAAAGAAGCACUAUCGCAUGCAUGCCGUGCGCGAUCUUCUACCGAAGUAACGACGUCAAAAAGGCUUUGGAUAACAACGACGACGAAGUAUUUGAGGAUAAGAAGUCAAAGGGAUUUAAGAAUGCCCAACAAAAAUUCCUCAAGUCAGUUACUGCACGUUUGACUGUUGCUCAGGUCGUGGAAGGCGUUCGUGGGCAGGGCGAAUUAAAUUUUGACUUUGUCGCGCUCAUCCUACUAGCAGGGAUGAUUGCAGCUCUCGGAUUGAUGGAUAACUCGGUGGUAUCAAUCAUUGCCGCCAUGCUCGUAUCACCUCUUAUGGGCCCCAUAAUGGCUAUCACGUUCGGGAUCAUAAUUCACGAUAUGAAGCUGAUCAAAACGGGUCUUCGAACAGAGCUCUGUGGCCUUGUGCUCUGUUUGUUAUUUGGCUUCUGUUUUGGAAUUACGAUGGCCUAUUUCGGUGACGAAACGGGAGGCUUAGCGUGGGGGCCUAACACUUGGCCAAACCCCGAACAGACGGCCAGGGGCCAAUGGCGGUCAUUAUGGGUUGGAGCUUUGGUAGCUUUGCCGUCAGGUGGUGGCGUGGCCAUGGCAAUUUUAGGCGGGAAUUCAGCGUGUCUCGUCGGUGUCGCUAUUUCAGCAUCACUCUUGCCGCCUUCUAUUAAUUGUGGAACGCUGUGGUCUCUGGCGUUGAUGAAGGUGUUCAAGGCCGCCUUCCAGGAGCCUAUUCAAGUAUUAGUUGAAAAUCCUAGGACGAAGGAGAUGUUUAAUACCACAACCUAUUCAGCGUACCUGGCCCAUGAUGGUUUUAAAGCUUAUUACUUUGACAAUGCCAAUAUGCAUAAGGAGUGCGCAGUAAUGGCUAUCAACUCAUUCUGCCUUACGCUAGUUAAUAUUCUUUGUAUCAUUGUCGCUGGCUCCCUGUUCCUUAAGAUAAAAGAAAUUGCACCAGAAAAAUCGCUUCCUGACACGGACCGCUUCUGGAAACACGAUAUAAAGGUGGCUCGAGAGUACAAUAGGCGUAAUACGACAGUGGGAUCGAGCGGCGACAUGGCCCACACGGUCCUAUCGGAAUGGGCGACGGUUGCUGGCAUUGAUCCUAAGAUGAUGCAGUCGGAUGACCCCAAAGCUCGCAUAUCGCAGCUUCAGACACUUCAAGACAUCCUCAUGGAUGCCGAAGAUGAUGAGGUAUUCCAAACGGUCGCAACAAAAGUUAGCAAUCUGAGUGGAGCGGAUCCGGUUCGUCGGCUCUCGCGGGCCGUCUUGCCGCAGUUACCGAAGGCGUCUGCUGGCGACACAGUGCCUCCAGUAGGAAGCGGCGUAGGCGCUUACGAAAGGCGGCCGAGCGUGCUCGUCGGCAAUAUGCUGCAGGAUUAUGAGAGAAGACUCAGCCGCUUCGACAAUUCUUGCUACAUCAAUCCGGAGUUUUCGUCUACGAAUUCUGAUCCAGUUAUACCAAACCAUCUCCAGAACCGGCGCCGAUCCUCGGUGGCCCGUGCGAUGAACUUCAGUUAUUGGCCAGGGCAGAGCCAGACGCCCCAGAAGCUGUUCGCCGAAGGAAAAGAGGCUGGCCGAGGUCGACUGAGCACAAACAGAAGUGUCGCACCCGUUCGCGAGGAGGAGGACGUAUACAGCCACAUUUAAAUGAUCCAUUACUAACGCCCGCAUUAGAGGUCCGCCAUAUACUGGCACACAUUCAUCCACAGGCAUAUAUGAUGACUUACAUGAACAACUUCAGGCAGAAAAUUAACUCGUUAAUACUUAUCCCGAGAUUUUUAUCUCCCUAUCUCGCUACAUAACAAUCACUCGUUUAACCAACCCUUGCUACCACUGUUACACGUAGAUAGAUUUUAUGUUUAGAGCUUUAUGUCCGAUAUCGCCGUCGGCUGGCUCCCAGCACAAAGCGAAACCUGUAUACGCUACGUAGAUACAACUAUCUCUAUACUUGCCAUUGCAAUGAACAUAUACCCGUUAAGUCACGUCCAGUUAAACCUGACAUUUUGUAAGACUGAAGUUUGUAGCAUGAGCUGUCGAUUUAAAUCGAUGAACCCAGAUUUUCUAUCGACGGAAAACACCACUGCGGUACAGACUAGGAUUUACAGGGUAAGUAAAAGCAACAACGAUUGUCGACUACACGCAGCCACUUGUGCCGCCAGAUUGGUUCUACUAGCAAUUGUGAAACAAAAAACCAGCGAACUACGGAAGUUAGUCUGCGAUUUUAUGGAUGACUGUAGCUGCGGCUGUUUAUUUGAUAUAUACACAUAUUUCGAUUGUGAGGGAUUAAGCCGUUAGUCGGAGACUGUAACCUAAGGCUUUCAAACCUGGGCCGCGCGUCCGAGUUAGCAAUUGGUCCUCGUUUAUAUCUUUAACUGCGACAAUUUAAGCACUUACAUAAUGCACUACCUUGAGAUACUGACUAAAGUGUACCAUUGUAAUCGUCGUAGUGCCUACAUUUAGGAUGAUGCCUAUGCUAUUAUUAGGACAAACAAUCACAGAAGCUCUAAAUAACGGUAGAUAGACCUUUUCUGUUUUGUUAUCGAUACUCCCUGACUAGGAAUAUGUGAACAUUCGCUUGACAUAUGCACUUAGUACAAUAAAUUAGUAAUAAUUAUAACUGGAAGGUAGUCAAACAAUUUGAAUGAAAAGUCUUGUUUGAAGUCGAAAAUUUCUGGUAGAUUUUAUACCACGAUAUGUUGUGGGCAUACUAGCGGGUUCGAAGCGCUUGUCUUGCUUACGCCGCCUAUGUUAUAUAGUUUUUCUAACGAGAUAAUCUUUUUCGAUGAAAUAACAGACAAACGCGCUUAUUGGAAAAAUUAUCCUGUACUAUUGAUCAUGUAUACAAACUGAAAUUAAUAAAAAGGAACAUCAGUUUCAAGCUCGCCUAAACAUUCAAGUUGGAAGUACGAACGAUGAGCAGAAGUUACGUGCUGCCUAACUCGAGUUCUCAAAGGCGUAGCAGUAAAAUCUUAUAACGGCAGUAUCGGGAGCACAUUAGCCUGUGAAGGACAAUGAGGAUUUUCGUUAAUGAAGAAUUCUUUUCAGGCGUCCAUCGUAUCUACCAUGAUUCUAUGGUAGUGUUAGUAUGGUAGUAUUGGAUAGUUGACGGGCAAGCGUGGCCAACGCCACGGCUGGCUUAAAAUAUACACAAACGUACAAAUAAAUAAUUUGAAACCA